AUGGCGUCGAACUCUGCUUCUGACGAGACCAGUGUCUCCGCCGGCGACCAGCGGGUGGAUCCGCUGCCGACUACUGCGAAGAAGAGGCGCAAUCUUCCGGGGAUGCCAGGUAAUUAUUGGUUGGGAAGAACAUAACAGUGAAUAUAGGAUACAGCCAUGUCGUCGCUUGGAUGAUACUGUUAUUCUUCGGCGCUAUCUGGUGUCUGAUCGAUUUUUGUUCCAAUUAUCAGAUCCGAACGCCGAGGUCAUUGCUCUGUCGCCGAAGACUCUGAUGACGACGAACAGAUUCGUGUGCGAAAUCUGCAACAAGGGGUUUCAGAGGGACCAGAACCUGCAACUCCACCUGCGAGGCCACAACCUUCCCUGGAAACUGCGUCAGCGGUCAGGGAAGGAGGUGCGGAAACGUGUUUAUGUCUGUCCCGAACCCUCUUGCGUCCACCACGACCCUUCUCGAGCUCUUGGUGACCUCACCGGCAUCAAGAAGCACUUCUGCCGGAAGCAUGGCGAGAAGAAGUUCGAGUGCGAGAAGUGCUCGAAAAAAUACGCCGUUCAGUCGGAUUGGAAGGCUCACGCGAAGACUUGUGGCACUCGAGAGUACCGCUGCGACUGUGGCACCCUCUUCUCCAGGUACCUCCCCGCCUCCUCCCCGCGCGAUGUGCGCAAUUUAGGGUUUUGA